AUGGAAAAGAUCGAAGAGAAGCUCAAGUCCGUUCUCCACCGGAGGAAGAAGUCGACGCCCACUCAGUCCCCUCGAGCGUCGUACGAGCAUCCUGAUCAGACUAGCCCGCGCACUGAGCAGCACCCAGCAUCACCUCUUAGCAACACAUUACACCAUCCCCAUGGCGAAGUCAGACGAUCAAUCGACGUAGACGGUCCAGGCCGCACCAUACGCGCAGUGCCAACCGAAGCUCCCGCCGACAAGUAUGCAGUGGGUAGUCACGAUAUCAACAACGGCGGCUUGGAUGAUGACGUUCGAUCGCGCGAGCAGCGCUCUUCCUCCGACAAACAUGGAUUGAGCAAGAGUGGCCAGCCUGUACCAGGACUUACCAACAAUGAUGCGCUGGCCGUGAAACCUCUCCCGGGUCUCGCGAUCACGAAGGACUAUCAGGGCACGGAUGGCGCGCAUGAUUGGAAAGAGAAACAGCAAGCGAUGCUUGCGGGUGUUGUGAACCUCAAUAACACUGUAGACACGGAUCGAGACACUACAGUCGCCCCUGCCGUUACACACGAGAUCAUCAAACCACACGAACACGAGGUUAUCCAGCAGCAGAUCCAUCGCGAGAUCCACAACUACACAUACUAUCAUCGACUGCAGCCCGUUCUCCAGACCGAGGUUCUUCCACCCCGUCAUUUCAUUCCCAACCCUGAUGGCGAGGGCUUGAUCGAAAUAUCCGCAGACGAAUUGCCGAACCGCACUGGCAAGAACAGAUGGUGGGAUAUCGUUCAGAAGGAGCCGAACCUUCCGGCAACUCCAUUCGAAUGGCGCACAGAACCGCAGAUCAUCGAGGGGAAGCCAUAUAUGACUGAGGACGGCUUUGAACGCAGGGAGACAACCAUCAUUUACCCACCAACCCUAGACGAUAUGUCGCGCUACCGUGGCCUGGUCCAGCCAGUGCACUUCGAUCACAAAACUGGGGAGCGUUGGUUGGGCGAAGUCACGACCGUAGAGAAGCUGAACCGGGAACUGGGCCGUCAAGGGGAUGAGGAUUUCAUGACGAUGAAGGAUGUCACUGCGGACCUGCCAAAGAUUGCGUCCAGUCCCUCUGUCAAGCGUAAGCCUCUUGGCCAGGAUUCUCUCUAG